UUACGGAAAAAGGGAAAAGGAAAAAGGAGAAAGGAAAAGAGAAAAAUGGCGCAUCGACGGUAGAAAAGAGAGGGAAUUGGCUACAGAGCAGAGCUAAGAGUGGAAGACGAUUCAUUUUCACUCACAACUCUAACAUCGCACUUCCAUUUCCACUCCCAAUUUGCAUGCUCUUUCUGUUUCUUCACAUUUCUCCGCCCUAGCCAUGGCGUCUAAGGGCAAAGGUAUUGCCAAAGAUUCCCCUUCCGGUAAACGGAAGCUUCGCGAUGACAAUACUUCCUCCGCUGCCCGCAAGAGGCGCGACCGGAACGUUCUCCAGUUCUUCGAGGAUGUCGCUCCCGAAGUCGGUGGCGAAAGCGACGACAGUGAUUUUUUUGAUGAUCUCAUGGACAUGGAGGAAAAUUUGGGGACAUUACCAACAUUUAAGAAUGAUGAUGCAAAAGCUCAAGAUAUUCCAUUCUUCCCAAAAGAAGAGGAAAUGAAUGAAGAAGAAUUUGAUAGAAUGAUGGAGGAAGUCUACAAUAGAGCACCUGGAUUAGGUGCAUUUGCAGAUGAAAAUUAUGAGAACAAAAAUUCCACUGGAAGAAACCCUCCCGCACAAUCUGCCAAGGAAACUAUCUCUUUGUGGAAGGUUAAAUGCAUGGUUGGGCGUGAGCGGCAAUCCGUUUUUUGUCUUAUGCAGAAAUUUGUUGAUUUGCACUCAUUUGGUAACAAGCUACAGAUAAAAUCUGCAUUUUGUGUGGAGCAUGUAAAAGGUUUUAUUUACGUUGAAGCUCCAAGGCAGUAUGAUUUAAUUGAGGCAUGUAAAGGCAUAACUGGAAUAUACUCUACCCGUGUAGCUUCUGUUCCUGAGAAUGACAUCUCUCAGUUGCUUACUGUUCGAAGUAGAGUUAGUGAAGUCACUGUGGGUACGAUGGCCCGUGUAAAAAAUGGAAAAUACAAGGGAGACCUUGCUCAGAUUAUUGCUGUCAACAAUGCACGUAAGAGAGCAACAGUGAAGCUGGUUCCAAGGAUUGAUCUCCAAGCUAUGGCUGAAAAAUUUGGUGGAGGAGCUGCUGCUAAGAAAACUGUCAAUCCUGCACCACGAUUGAUCAACCCUAGCGAACUUGCCGAAUUUCGACCACUUAUGCAAUUUAGACGUGACCGUGAGACUGGAAAGCUAUUUGAGUUUCUUGAUGGGAUGAUGCUCAAGGAUGGAUAUCUAUACAAAAAAAUAUCUUUAGAUUCAUUAAACUGCUGGGGAGUGAUGCCUUCUGAAGAUGAGCUCUUAAAGUUCAAGCCUUCUGAGAGCAACGAAUCCAAUGAUCUGGAGUGGCUUUCUCAACUUUAUGGUGAAAAGAAGAAGAAGAAGAAGGUUGUUACAACUGAAAAGGGGGGUGGAAAAGGAGAGGGCUCAUCAGGGUCUAGUUCCAUGAGCAGCUUUGGAGAUCAUGAUCUUGUUUGUUUUGGCCGGAAGGAUUUUGGGAUGAUAUUAGGAACAUCAGAAAAAGAUGAUAGUUACAAGAUUUUGAAGGACGGCCCUGAUGGAUCUGUUGUGGUGAAUGUGCAAAGGAAGGAGUUGAAAAGUGGGGCUUUAGAUGCCAAAUUUACUGCUGCUGAUCACAAUGGAAAGAUCAUAUCUGUUUCAGACAAUGUCAAGGUUUUGGAAGGAUCAUUGAAGGAUAAGCAAGGAAUUGUUAAGCAUGUGUACAGACACACACUGUUUGUGUAUGACGAGAACGAGGUGGACAAUGAUGGUUAUUUCUGCUGCAAAUCUAAUAUGUGUGAGAAAAUCAAGAUGUCUUACGAUGCACCUGGUGGAAAGGAGGAUGACAAGGGUUUCUCUGGUUUUGAGGAUUUCUCCUCUUCUCCCAAGUCACCUUUAUCACCUAAAAAGUCGUGGGCAGAGAAGGAGACUGGUCGUGAGUACAAUCGUGAUGACAGAGCAGAUGGAAUGUUCUCCAUUGGUCAAACCUUGAGAAUACGUGUUGGUCCUUUAAAGGGAUACCUAUGUCGUGUUAUAGCUGUACGCAAAAGAGAUGUUACAGUGAAGCUUGAUUCUCAACAAAAGGUUCUGACAGUCAGAUCUGAUUUUCUUUCUGAGGUACAGAGAAAGAGCUCUGCAGCAGCACCUCUAAGUGAGGAUCCCCUAAAACCAUUUGAUAUUCUGGGAAAUGAAGGCGGCUCCCAAGAUUGGAUUGGCGGUGGGGGGUCAUCUGCAGGUGGUGAUGGCUGGAAUUCUGCCGCGCCUUCUUCAGAAAGAAGUCCUUGGCCCAGUUUCCCUGAGUCUGGUACCUCGAAUGGUCCAGGGUCCAGUUCUACAAAUCCUUUUGGUUCUGAUGCUAUAAAUGAUGAAGAUUCUCCUUGGAUUAGCAAGUCGACUCCAGAGGCAAGCACAUCCUGGGGUGCUGCAAAAUCAAGUGUAGAUACUGCAAACGAUGGUCAAGCCUCUGGAUGGGGAAAGGGCGAUUCUAAAACUUGUUCAGAUGGCAAUGCCUCUGGUGCUUGGGGCAAAACAGUAGCACCUAGUGGACAUUCUGCAGGCUUUACAGAUUCAGAAUCUGGAGGUUGGAAAAAGAAUCAAAGUGCUAAUUUUGGUGAUGAUAAAACUCCAGCCGAAACCGCUGCUGAUAGGUGGGGCAGCAAAAGUAGAUCAAGUGGAAGCUGGGGCGAUCAAAAUGCUUCAACCACUGUCUCUGAGGUUCAGCCAGCUGGCAAAGGAAAUGCAGGUGCCUGGAAUGAAGGCACUGCCCAGGAUGAGUCAGGUGGGUGGGGUAAACCAAAGAACUUUGGGGAUGUUGGCAGUUCUGCUUGGAAUAAAUCUACUGCUGGUGAUCGAGAUGGUGAAAAUGACAGUUGGAAUAAACCAAAACCUUCUAGCCACGAUGGAAGUGUUGGGAAAAAAGAAUGGGGACAGGGUAAUGAAGCCAGUGAUAAUGGUAACAAAUGGCAGAGUUCAAGGUCUGAUGGUGGAAAAAAAUGGGGCAGUAAUGAAGCAGAACCCGAGGGUGGAAGCAGUUGGAAUACAUCCAAGUCAUCUGAUGUUGUUUCUGCUAGUUGGAAAGAUAAACCCGACUCCUCAAGUUUGACAGCUCCUAAAGGAGAUCAAUGGGCGGGAGGUUGGGAUAAGCAGCACAGUUCAAAUAAUACAAAAGCCUCUGAUGACAAUUCUCCUUGGAAUAAAAAAUCUGUUGAAAGUGGGAAAGAUGGCGAGAUUAAGAAUCAAGGCAGUGGUUGGAAUGUUGGAAAAACUUCCGGUGGAGAUUCUGCAUCCGGAUGGGGUCAGACAAGCAAGGAAGCUGGUUUGAGCGAUCAAGCAGGUAGCUGGGGUUCGAAUUGGAAAAAGAAUUCUGGUGCUGGGAAUGAAGAUUCUAGUUCGGCCAAGAAAAGCAGCUGGGGUUCUGGAGGUGGCAAUUCUAACUGGGGAGAGAAAAGCAACUGGAACUCAGGAAACGAAUUUAAUGCUACCACCGGUGGUGCUGAAGCUCAAACUGACGUUUCUAAUGAUACCUCAAGUUAUGGGAGUUGGAAGCCAGAAAGUAGUGAUAGAGGAGGGUAUCGUGGAAGAGGUGGUUUUAGAGGAAGGGGUGAAAGGGGCCGGUUUGGUGGCAGAGGCAGAUCUGAUAGAGGUGGUUUUGGCAGAGGUGGAUCAGACAGAGGAGGUUUUGGAGGCAGAGGCCGUGGGAGGUGGAACAGUGAAGGUGGUUCAAAUGAUGGUGAAAAUAAAGGAUGGAGCGCUGGUGGUGGUAAUGACAACAAGGGAUGGAGCAGUGGCGGCGGAAGUGAUAGCAAAGGAUGGAGCAGUGGCGGCGGCGGCAGUGACAUCAAAGGAUGGGGCAAUGGUGGUGGAGGCAGCGACAAUAAAGGAUGGAGCAGUGGCGGUGACGGCAGUGACAAUAAAGGAUGGAGCAGUGGCGGCAGCGGUGGUGAUAAUAAAGGAUGGAGUACUGGUGGUGAAGGUGGUGGUGACAGCAAAGGCUGGGGUAGUAGUGGUGGCGGCAGCAGCGACAAUAAAGGAUGGAGUAGUGGAAGUGGUGUAGGUGGUCAUGACAAUAAAGGAUGGGGCAGUGGUGGCGGCGGCAGCAGCGACAAUAAAGGAUGGAGUAGUGGUGGAAGUGGUGUAGCUGGUGGUGACAACAAAGGAUGGGGCAGUGGUGGCGGCGGCAGCGACAAUAAAGGGUGGAAUAGUGGUGGUGAAAGUGGUGUAGAUGGUGGUGACAACAAAGGAUGGGGCAGUGGCGGCGGCGGCAACAAUAAAGGAUGGAGUAGUGGAGGUGGAAGUGGUGGUGGUGGUGAUGGUACCGGAGAUAAAGGGUGGAGUAGCGGUGGUGGUGGCAACAACAAAGGAUGGGGUGGUGGUGGUGAGUCUGGUGACAACAAGGGGUGGAGUAGUGGUGGUAGUCGUGAAUGGGAGAAAUCUGGAUCUGAUGGAGGUGGAUUUGGUGGCAGAGGACGUGGAAGAUGGAGCAGUGGAAGUGGUUCAAAUGACGGUGACAGUGGGAGUGGGGGGUGGAGUGGUGGUGGUGGUGACAGAGAGAAAUUUGGAUCAGAGCGAGGUGGAGGUGGAUUUAGAGGUAGAGGCCGUGGAAGAUGGAACCAAGAAGGAGGUUCCUACGAUGGUGACAAUGGAGGGCGAAGAGGUGGAUAUGGAGGCCGAGGACGUGGGAGAUGGAAUCAAGAAAAUGGUUCGAAUGAAGGUGGUGACAAUGGUGGUAGAGGUGGAUUUGGAGGUCGAGGCCGUGGAAGAUGGAAUCAAGAUGAUGGUGGUUCAGGAGGAUGGAGUGGAGGAGGUGGUAGAGGCGGAUUUGGUGGCCGAGGUCGUGGAAGGAGGAAUCAAGAUGGUUCAAAUGAAAGCAAUAAUGACGAUAAACCUGCAAGCUGGAGCGCAGGUUCAGGUAAUAGUGGAGGGUGGAGCAGUAGUGGUGGUGCAGGAUCUUGGAACCAAGGUGGUGAUGAAAAGAACGAGCAGCAACAUAGUUGGAAAUCGAGCAAUGAUGGCGGUCAGGGAUCUGGUUGGAAGGAACCAAGUGGGAAUGAUCACAAUAAUUGGAAAUCAUCUGGUUCUUCUGGUGCAGGCAAUAGUUCUGGCUGGAACAAUUCAACUGCAGCCAAGGAGAUGGAAGAGAGUGGGGGUCAGAACAGCUGGAGCCAAUCGACAAAGACGGAUUCUCAAGGUGGAGGCUGGCAGAAGUCAGCAUCUAGUUGGAAUGCUGGAACUGAGAACCAGACAGCGACCAAGGAUGUGAGUUCAGGUUCUAAAGAUGGAGGUUGGGGAAAAUCUGUUGAGCCAUCAACCCUGGACAAAGAAAAAGCCAACGUAGGUGCCCAAGGAGGAGCAGCAGGUUGGGAGAAGCCUACAUCUAGUUGGAAUACAGAGCAGUCUCGGGGUGAAAAUAACAGUGGAGGAGGAGGAGGAGCUUGGGGUAAAUCCAGUUCUGCCGGCGAAGGGAAAUCAUCAUCUGGUUGGGGUAGCUGAUGAACGGUAACAUCUCAACUCACAUUUCCUCCUGGACAAACCUAAUGGAGUUUGGCUACUAAGAAAACUGUUGCAAGGACAUGUAUGAAUUAUGUUAAUAUCUUUAUAACAUUUUGAAUAUUUUGGGUAAUGCAUGCUCCGAAUGUUUUAAUCACAAACUAUUAUUCUUUGAGCAUGCUUUGAUUAACCAAGGAAGUCGUUAGGAUUCAAAUAUCUUUCUUCUUGGUUGAGAGUCUGUCUUAACCAAUUGCUUCAAUGAUAUUGUUUCUUGUUUUCCCUUUU